UUUCUACUUACUACCACGCCUGAACAGGCUAUCCACAUACUGACAUCGGUCAGACGCGCCAUGGCCACCAUGCUACUCUCUCAGCAUUCAUCUAAUCCUCUUGAAGUCGGUUCUUCUGAUGUCCGCAACAAAGCUUACCACGAGGAAUAUGUCUCGGCACAGAAUACAAACGGUGCCUUCAACCUCACGUCCGAGGACGGUCAUGAUGGCUUCGACAGGCCAGAUAUGGUUGAGUAUCAUAAUCACCUCGCACGCCUUUAUUCAAAACAAGGCGUCGUGCCCUCUACUAUCAAACGAAAGCGUCACCCAGACGAGCUCCCGGUCGUGGAUCUCGACGAGAGCAUGGAGAGCGCUGACGAUAUGAACUUCGAAGUCCCGCAUGAUAUGGGUACUCUCGACGACGACGACGAAGACCCUGAAGAAGACGCCGACGCGGAUGGCGAGACAGACGAAGAGAAGACAUUAUACCUCAAACCACCGGAAGAACAACAGGAGAUCCAACUAGAAAUCGCCAAUCUCAAUAAUGCUGUCCCAUCAUUGUCAGAGGACUACACUAUCGUCGACCGCCUUGGAACAGGGACGUUCUCCUCCGUAUACAAGGCCAUAGAUUUGGCCUACCAUCAUAAAUGGGACAAUACCGCGUGGCAUGGUUACCAUCCUCCCAUAUCCUCCGCACACUACCAAUCAGCUCCUUACCCUCCUGGUACAAAAGCCUUUGUCGCCAUAAAACGAAUAUAUGUCACAAGUAACCCGGAACGAAUACGAAAUGAGAUCUCGAUCAUGGAGGACUGCAGGGGAUGCCGUCAUACUUCCCAGCUUAUCACCGCAUUUCGACACCAUGAUCAAGUGGUCGCUAUCAUGCCAUAUACCCGCAAUGAGGAUUUCCGAGAAUUCUACAAAGACUUGUCUAUGGCUGGUAUCAAAGCAUACUUUCGAUGUAUGUUCCGUGCAUUGCGUGAUAUUCACGCCAGGGGUAUCAUACAUCGGGACGUUAAGCCUGCGAACUUUUUGUAUGAUCCUCGAACAGGCAUAGGUGCCCUGUGCGACUUUGGGCUCGCAAGCAGAAUGGAUGGAUCGGUGCCGGUGCACGGAGCAUGCUUACAUACCUCUGCCACGCGGGAGCAUCCUCACGGCAAAAUAAGAGGGCGUAAUGACUACGACGUCGACCUCCUGAAGAAGAUGCAGAGGGAAGCCCGACAAAAAAGCUCGUGGUCAAGCGACCGUGUUGGUUAUCCUGACAAGGAUACGAGAGCACCCUCGAAAGCAAAUAGGGCUGGGACGAGAGGCUUUCGGGCACCUGAAGUCCUUCUAAAGUGCAGUCAGCAAACCGGUGCCAUUGAUGUUUGGUCUGCUGGUAUGAUUCUUCUCUUUUUCCUGGCGGGAAAAUUCCCCCUCCUGCAGUCCAGCGAUGACAUAGAAGCACUCAUGGAAAUCGCUACCAUCGUCGGUCGACAGAAAAUGGAGAAAACAGCGAUCCUGCAUAGUCGAACGUUCGCGACAAAUGUGCCUUCAAUAUCGCAAGAGGGCACAAGCUGGCGCGAAUUCGUUGAAAAACAAAAUCCUAACAUAUUCAAACCUUCCACACCAGACCCUCGAUAUUAUCCCUACAAUGACUACGAAACGUCCCCUGGCGGGUCCAACUAUCCUCCUCCAUCGUCUUCAUCGUCAUACGGCUACAGACAUACCAGUUCCUCUCGAUCACGCUCCGUCACGCCCACGCGCGCCAGUACGCCAGCGCCUGACUCGCACCGAGCCGACGUCGAAGCUGCCCUUUCUCUUCUCGCGGAGGUAAUGCAUCCCGAAUCAACGCGUCGCAUUACACCGCGAGGCGCACUAUACCAUCCAUUCCUGGCAGACCCAUCGGAGCCUGAAGACGACGAUCUAUUCCCACACCCGUUUGGUGAUGGCGUAUGUGGGAAGUGGCAUUACGUGGACGAGGGAACGGAUGAGCAGUGUGUAGUUAUAAUUGAUGAGGGUACGGAAAAGGGGAGGAGAGUGAUGUCUGGAGAAGGAAUAGCUAUUGGGAGGUGGCCGUGUGAGUUCCAUAGGAACGAGUGUUAUGAGGUGUAAGAGGAGUAAAACAAUUUAUGUUUUUAUUGGAAGGAGAAGGGAGCAAAAAUAGAGUGACCAC